GAUGUCGUGCUUCCAUGUGCUUCUCGUUUGUCUCAUUGCCUCCGGGGCAGUUUUCGGCGAUUACCAGGAGAACAAAGACACCGUAGUUCUAGAUUUGUAUAACGAGAAACUGAACUUUUUCGAAACGUUUCUUUCACCGCAAGCCAUAGACGGCUUGAAGCCAUUGUCCGAUCGAAUAGCUUUCAAUACGAAAGAAAAUCUUCGUAGCGCUGCCAUCUCAUACUCAACGCUACGUGGCGCCAUUAUUUCGUGGUGCACAGAAGUGAAAAAUACUAUUACAGCUGUCAGCAACAGCAGCAACAUUCUACAAAGUCGACAGGCCUUCACAUCGACAGUGCACACGGCGUUGACUGAUAUGAAGAGAUAUUUCGGUGUGAUAGCCGCGGACUUCUCUGAGUCCAAGCAGGAAGACUUCGAGGCGAAAGUCACGAUUUCAAAAGGUGUUCCCAAAAUAACAGUGAUCCAUGGCCAAUUGCCGAGCGACAUAGACGAGGUGCUCCAUUCACUUUGGGAACAAUUGAAAACGAACCAUAGUCUUAGCGUAGUUAGCUCUGAGCCUGUGUUCAUUAAGAAAGUUAUGUAUGGGACACGAAUAAUUGAAAACGCCCUUCAAAAGAUUGAUCAGUCCAUGUUUGGGACCUUUGGCAAAUACAACAUGAUUUCAAAAUGUGAUCCCAUCUACAGGAUGCUAGAGGAAUCAAGUGCACCGGCGAAAGAAGAUCCAGUGCCGCAUAUCACAGCCUCGAUCAGAGAUAUAGUACGGAUCCGGCCACACAGCUGCGGAUUUUUUGGCUCACGUAAAACCAAAUGUGAGGCCGUCUUAUCGCAGUCAACCAUGAUCCAAUUAAGGGAUAACUACCAAAAUGAAAAAGCUAUCGCCGAAUUUUUCGAUAGAAUCACCCCGUCCAAUUUAUCGGAAUGCAAAAGUAAUAUAAAAUUAGUUAUUGAGCACAAAUUUCUUUUGUGGGGAUUUCAAGUGGAUUACAUGCAAAAUUGGCAAACUAUGAUAAUUUCCCUAUGUCUGGGCACUGAUUCGAUAGCUAACGUGUAUGUAGCGGCCUGAAAAUGUUGUUAAAUAAAA